AUGGAUACCACGGGCGAGAAGCCUGAUAGUCGUCCGACGCCUGAAUCAGUCCCCGAGGGGGAAAAUGAUACUCUAAAAUAUCAGCUGCUCGGUCCGUCUUUGACCAAAGCGGGUCAAGACUCAGUCGACCAACAAAAGGUAUCAGAAAUCAUCUACAAUGCGUCGAAAGGCUCUAAGUUCUUCAAUCAUGAACAAGAUCGCGAUAGGAACCUCACAAUCAAGAUUGAGCGAAUUUUGAAGGAAAAGGCACGGCUCGAACGAUUGGAUUUAAGCCAUGAGCUACGACGUGCCGAUGAAUACCUCGCUGAGCUGGAAAUGAGCCGCGACCUUUCCCAGCAUGUUAUACACGUGGACUGCGAUGCGUUCUUUGCCGCGGUGGAGGAACUUGACCGACCUGAGUUGAAGACAGUACCGAUGGCUGUGGGUAAGGGCGUGUUGACAACCUGCAACUAUCUGGCGAGGAAGUUCGGAGUCAGAAGUGGCAUGGCUUCGUUUGUCGCAAAGAAGCUAUGCCCGCAGCUGGUUCUCUUGCCGCAGAACUACGAGAAAUACACCGAGAAGGCCAAGGAAAUCCGCGCUAUCCUGGCCGAAUACGACCCUCUUUUCGAGAGCGCGAGUAUAGAUGAAGCCUAUUUGAACAUCACAGCUUAUUGCGAUCAAAAUCAGCUGGAACCCGAGGAGGCGGUUCAGCGGAUGCGUGCUGAGAUAUUGGAGAAGACAAAAGUGUCUGUCUCGGCUGGAAUUGCUGCCAAUGCGAAAAUCGCCAAGAUCGCCUCGAACAUCAAUAAACCUAAGGGGCAGUUCAAAGUCCCCAGUGAACGCGAGGCCAUCAUGGAAUUCAUGCGCGACUUGCCGGUCCGCAAAGUCAACGGAGUUGGCCGAGUUUUCGAGCGAGAGUUGGAAUCAAUAGGCGUUAAGAAGUGUGGUGAUAUAUACUCACAUCGCGUUUUCUUGACCAAGUUAUUCGGAGAGAAGGCUUUCCAGUUCCUGGCGCAGUGCUACCUCGGUCUCGGGCGAACCAAGAUUGAACCUGUGGAGAAUCAUGAACGCAAGAGCGUCAGCACUGAGAGCACGUUCCACGAGAUUGGUGACAAAGAGGAAUUCCGGGCGAAGCUUUGGUGGGCUGCGCAAGAACUUGAAAAGGAUCUAGCGCGGACUCAGUUCAAGGGCCGUACCCUUGCCCUGAAAGUCAAACUGCAUACCUUCGAGGUGCUAACCCGCCAGACAGCGCCAUCUCGUCCGGUCUCUCUGGCAAAGGACUUGUACUCCUUUGCUUUGCCGAUGCUGACGAAGCUGGAGAAGGAGAUCCCGGGGAUGAAACUUCGGCUUCUUGGUCUGCGCUGCUCGAAUUUGGUUAGCACUCAGAAGGCCGGGAUCAACUUUUUCGGCGUGGUGGCCCAACCCAAAGCCGCCGCUGGGCCGACUUCUGAGCCCACUUCUGCACCGGCUAGCGAUGUAAAUGCAGAUCGCGAGAUCUGUGCCGAGGAGGCUUUCGAGACAGCGGCGCGCCAGGAGCUCCAGGAUGAAAUGAAUGAUUUGGAGCAAUUGAGUCAAGAAACGCCGGAGACCUCCACGUCUCGCAAGCCAGGCCCCUCUGCGGUGCCUGAACCUGUUGCAGAGCCCCCCAUGUGGGAUUGCCCUAUCUGUAUACGGCCACAAAUUGCCGACGAUCGAAUGUUCAAUGAACAUGUGGACUUCUGUCUUUCUAGACAGACAAUCCGGCAAGUGGUGCAGGACACCUCAGACGAUACACCCACGAUACCCCCAAGCACCAAAAAGAGAAAGCACACAUCUCCCUCGGGUGUUCAUGAAGCAGACCCGAAGCAGAAGCGCCUCUUUUUCCAAUGA